CUAGCAAAUCGGAAAGAUGGAAGACAAAUCUAUAGUACACAUGGUUUUGGUUGGAUUAGAAGUAAGAAGAAACUUGUAGCAGGGAUGUCAAUACGAGUGAUUGUUCCGAUCACACUUGUUUGUUUAACUCCAACCUUCCCUCUUCAAUUCACAACAACCCUAAAUAUUCGCUUCCCGAUUCAGAUUUAAUUAAGCUUUCUCAUUAACCAAUCAAACCCCACCUUCUUCUUAUCUUUUCAAUUAUUCCAUUGCCUUUGUUUUCACCAAUUAGGUUUUACCAGCGACUCUGUUAACUGCUUAUACAAAACUCAUUCGACGGGAAAUCAUGCCGCGUAAAGUAAACUAUGGAAUCGAUUACUACGACGAUGACUAUGAGGAUUAUGAUGACUAUGAUUAUGAUGUUGAAGCUGAAAAUUAUGGAGUAGAAUCUGAUACAAAGAAAGAGACCAUUAAGCCUGGAGUUUGGAGUUGCUCAAUUUGUACCUAUGACAAUGAUGAGAGUAUGACUUCAUGUGAUAUUUGCGGCGUUCUACGUCAUCCCUUGGUUAUCAAUGGAACUUCCAACACCAACAAAACAGUUGAAGAUAUAAACAAAACUCCUGGAGCAUCCAAGUUGGCCCAGUCUCUUUUUCAAUCAUUACCACAACAGAGUCCCAAAGAGGUUGCGAUAUUUCCAAUGCAAGACAUUGGUUUUUGGACAGAUGGCAGUAACAUCUACAAGCUUGAGAAUGUCCAAGGAGAAUUUCAUGAAAUUCAUAAGGCUUUUAAUGCUCAAAGCCAUCCCUCUUUAAAUAUAGAUCCUUUCAAGUUUGACGUUCCAUCCCCAGAUGAUGUGGUUCAUACCGGCCUACAUUCUUCAAAAAUGGGUUUGAAAGACAAAGUUAAAAACUCUAAAGAUUCUCGGCUUUCAUCAAGCAGCAGAGAGAAGAAUGAACUAGAAACCAAUACUGAAAGUGCAGACAACUUAUCGUCCUUAAUGCAAAAGAACAAGCUUUCCAAAAAUGUAGAAAUUGAUCACGAAAAAUUUGGUAAAACUUCAAACAGCUUAUCAGCCUCUUUGCCAAAGGACAAAGGAAACAAUGCGAAUAAAAUAAAUUCUUCAAAAAAUGGUACAAAUGGUAUCCAAUCAAGCGAAGAAAAGUCUGGUAGUUUGUCUGCACUGCCAAAAGUUGAAGAGAGUGAUAAACUUAGUUUGUCUUCUAACAAAGACGGAAAGUCUGAAAGUGCUUCCAGCAGUUUUAACCACACGGUUCCUGAUGCAAGAUCUCAAAAUUCUGAUAAUACUAAUGCUAAGGGACCUCAUCAACAAGUUUCUUACCAGCCAGAAAAGUGGAUGCUUCCUCAACAAUCUGAAGAUACGUUGACUCAGUUGAAUCUCGCAAUUGUUGGUCAUGUUGAUUCUGGAAAAUCAACACUAUCUGGUAGGUUAUUACACCUAUUGGGACGAAUUUCCAAGAAAGAAAUGCACAAAUAUGAAAAGGAGGCCAAGUUACAGGGCAAAGGAUCCUUUGCUUAUGCUUGGGCACUUGAUGAAAGUUCUGAAGAAAGGGAAAGGGGAAUAACCAUGACAGUGGCUGUGGCAUAUUUUGACACUAAGAAAUAUCACGUUGUUGUGCUUGACUCUCCUGGUCAUAAAGAUUUUAUCCCAAACAUGAUUUCUGGAGCUACACAAGCUGAUGCUGCAGUUCUUGUUAUAGAUGCGUCACUUGGUGCAUUUGAAGCUGGUAUGGAUGGUGGCAAAGGACAAACAAGAGAGCAUGCACAACUUAUUAGAAGUUUCGGUGUAGACCAUGUUAUAGUUGCAGUAAAUAAGAUGGAUGCUGUGUCAUACUCCAAAGACCGAUUUGAUUUUAUAAGACAUCAGCUGGGAAUGUUUCUCCGCUCAUGUGGGUUCAAAGAUUCUUCACUCUCAUGGAUUCCCUUGAGUGCCAUGGAAAAUCAAAAUUUGGUAGCAUCCCCUUCUGAUGCUCAUUUCAAAAACUGGUAUACUGGACCUUAUCUGUUAGAUGCAGUUGACUCACUACAACCUCCUACUAGAGAAUUCGCAAAACCUCUGCUAAUGCCAAUAUGUGAUGUUAUCAAAUCAACUGCACAAGGACAGGUGUCUGCUUGUGGGAAACUGGAAGCAGGAGCUCUUCGAAGUGGAACAAAGGUGUUAGUUAGGCCUUCAGAUGUUGUUGGAACAGUACGUACAUUGGAGCGUGACUCUAACGUCUGCUCUGUUGCAAGAGCUGGAGAUAAUGUAGCUGUAACCUUGCAUGGUGUUGACGGAAGUCAUGUAUUGGCUGGAGGCGUAUUAUGCCAUCCUGACUUUCCUGUUGCAGUUGCAAAGCAUUUGGAGUUGAAAUUGCUUGUCUUGGAUGGUACAAGUCCCAUAUUGAUCGGCGCUCAGUUAGAGUUUCACAUACAUCAUGCAAAAGAGCCUGCUAGAGUUUCAAGAAUAUUGUCAGUACUUGAUCCCAAGACUGGUAAGGUGACCAAAAAGAACCCUCGUUGUCUCACGUCAAAACAAAGUGCAGUAAUUGAGGUGAUUUUGCAUGAGCCAGUCUGUGUGGUAGAGUUUUCUAGAUGUAAAGCUCUUGGAAGAGUAUCCCUUAGAUCUUUAGGAAGAACAAUUGCUGUUGGACUUGUGUCAAGAAUAAUCGAAGAACAAGAUUAGUUUAUGCGGACGGUGAUGACAUUGGAGAGGUUCCCUGUAUACCAUGUAUGUUGUUCCGGUAAAAUCUUUGUUUUCCAUCUACUUUAGCUAGAAUAGACAAUGUCGGCUAUGUAAUUCUUGUUGAGCUUCUCUGGUCAACAUGUGAAUUAUGUAAAGAUGGUUAAAUGUUGAGUUUCUUUCUUUCUUUUUAGAAAUGCUUUAACCAUAUAUGUAUCAUAGAUAGCUCAUAAGAGAGCUCUUCUCAUCAAUAGUCUAGACUUGUUGAACAGAUAAAUUGACUUCUUUUGAGGUUACUUCUAAAUGCUUCACACUUGAUGGGAUUCAAUUCCAUCCUUUAUUGGUUAGGAUUUUUCUGCCAACGGUUUUGUUUAUUUUUCUUAAA